AUGUCAGACAUGGAAGAGGUUUUGGAGAGGCAAGAGCGAGAAAGGCGAGCAAGAAUGCGUAGAAAAGCUGCAAGCAAAAGGGUGCAAAGAGAACUAGAUGAGCAACUUGGUGUGGCCGUUGCUUUGCUGGAGGAAGAAAACCAAAGCCACCGUGGUUCACGAGAAGGCCGGACAUCGAAUGUGGACAAACAUAGACAUUCUCGAGUCAUGUAUGAUAUUUGCAAUUAUGAUGACUACUUUGUUCAAAAGAAAAAUUGUGCUGGAGAUUUGGGGCUGCUUCCUGAGCAAAAGUUCACAGCUGUGAUACGAAUGUUGGCGUAUGGGUCAUUUGCUGAUCAGGUGGAUGAGAUUUCCCGGAUGGGGAAGUCCACUAUUUUGGAGAGCUUGGGACUACCUGCGCAAACCUACGCUAAGGGACCUGCAACGGCUUCUACAAAAACUGAGUCUCGUGGAUUUCCUGGAAUGAUUGGUAGCAUUGACUGCAUGCACUGGCAAUGGAAAAAUUGUCCAGCUGCUUGGCAAGGGGAUUAUGGGAAUCGGAAAGGGCAGAAAAGCAUCAUCCUCAAAGCAGUUACUGGUUUUGAUACAUGGGUUUGGCACGCCUUCUUUGGAGUUGCCGGCUCUCAAAAGGAUGUGAACGUCAUGGGUCAAUCCCCGGUGUUCAAUGAUAUUCUGAUAGGUGAAGGCCCAAAUAUCACAUAUCAAAUCAAUAAUACCGUCUAUCAGAACAGGCAUUAUCUAGCAGAUGGUAUCUGA